CUGAGCACAUGUGACGUCACUUCCGCCGCUGCAUGUAAACAAAGCGGAGUCUGGCUGCUGUGUUUCAGAUGUAGACAGACUGAGUUAAAGCGGAGAAACGGACGUUAAAGUUCGGUUAGUUCGGACAGCUGGAAGUCUGAGAGAUGGAGCUCAGCUCCGAUUGAACUGGGAACAGCAACAUGUCGAUGGAGGACCCGUUCUUCGUCGUUAAAGGCGAGGUGCAGAAGGCAGUAAAUGCGGCGCAGAGCCUCCACCAGCGAUGGAGCGAGCUGCUGCAGGAAGGGGGAGGAGCCUCCAAGGAGGAAAUGGACUGGACGACCAAUGAGCUGAGGAACAGUUUACGGUCCAUCGAGUGGGACCUGGAGGACCUCGACGAGACCAUCAGCAUCGUUGAGUCCAACCCGAAGAAGUUCAACCUGGACGCAGCCGAGCUGUCGAAGAGGAAAGCUUUCAUCACAAGCACCAGACACACCGUCAAGGAAAUGAAAGAGCAGAUGUCGAGUCCAACGGCUGCUUCGGUUGACAGAAAUAACAAACAGGCUCUGCUGGGCGCCCGCGGAGCUCAGGGUCCGAGCUGGCAGGCCGGUCCUGAUAAAUACAGCCGACUGGACCGCCAGCUGCAGAGCGCCAACUCUCAGUUCAUAGAGGAGCAGCAGGUCCAGCAGCAGCUGAUUGCAGAGCAGCAGGAUGAACAGCUGGAACUCGUGUCGGGAACAAUCGGAGUCCUGAAGAACAUGUCUGAGAGGAUCGGCAUGGAGCUGGAUGAACAGGCAGUGAUGUUGGAUGACUUCACUCAAGAGGUGGACAACACUCAGUCUAAGAUGGACACCGUCAUGAAGAAACUGGCCAAAGUGUCUCACAUGACCAGCGAUCGUCGUCAGUGGUGCGCUAUCGGCGUGUUGCUCGCAAUCCUCUUCGUAGUCCUCCUCCUCUUCUUCAUCCUCUGAUGCCUCCAGUCUGCAGAGAACUCGUCUUACACCUUAAACCUGUGUCUCAUGGAAUAUCCUGGACUAUAUCAGACUCUACUGGACUCUGCUGGACUUUACUGGACUCUACUGCAUUCUACUGGACUCUACUGAACUCUGCUUGACUCUGCUGGGCUCUACUGGACUCUAACAGACUCCGCAGGACUUUACUGGACUCUACUGGACUCUACCAGAUUCUGCAGAACUCUAUCGGACUCUACUGGACUCUGCGGGACUCUACCGGACUCUAACAGACUCUGCAGGACUCUACUGUACUCUGCAGGACUCCACUGGACGCUACUGGAAUCUGCAGGACUCUACUGGACUCUAGAGACUGAAAGGCACUUUUUUUUUGGUUCUUUAAAUGUUUGUAGGUCAAACAGGUGAAACAUUUUGAUAUUUUAUGUUUGUUUUAUUUAAAGGGCUGAAAACAUAAAAAUGACCAUUUACAGUCCAGUUCAUCUCUAAUUAAUCUCUAAUUAAUCUCCAAUUCAUCUCCAGUUCAUCUAUAAUUAAUCUCCAGUUCAUCUCUAAUUAAUCUCUAAUUAAUCUCCAAUUCAUCUCCAGUUCAUCUCUAAUUAAUCUCCAGUUCAUCUCCAGUUCAUCUCUAAUUAAUCUCCAGUUCAUCUCCAGUUCAUCUCUAAUUAAUCUCCAGUUCAUCUCUAAUUAAUCUCCAGUUCAUCUCCAGUUCAUCUCUAAUUAAUCUCCAGUUCAUCUCUAAUUAAUCUCCAGUUCAUCUCUAAUUCAUCUCCAGUUCAUCUCUAAUUCAUCUCCAGUUCAUCUCCAGUUCAUCUCCAGUUCAUCUCUAAUUAAUCUCCAGUUCAUCUCUAAUUAAUCUCCAGUUCAUCUCUAAUCAAUCUCCAGUUUAUCUCCAGUUCAUCUCUAAUUAAUCUCCAGUUCAUCUCUAAUCAAUCUCCAGUUCAUCUCCAGUUCAUCUCUAAUUAAUCUCCAGUUCAUCUCUAAUUAAUCUCCAGUUCAUCUCCAGUUCAUCUCUAAUCAAUCUCCAGUUUAUCUCCAGUUCAUCUCUAAUUAAUCUCCAGUUCAUCUCCAGUUCAUCUCUAAUCAAUCUCCAGUUCAUCUCUAAUUAAUCUCCAGUUCAUCUCCAGUUCAUCUCUAAUUAAUCUCCAGUUCAUCUCUAAUUAAUCUCCAGUUCAUCUCUAAUUAAUCUCCAGUUCAUCUCUAAUUCAUCUCCAGUUCAUCUCUAAUUCAUCUCCAGUUCAUCUCUAAUUAAUCUCCAGUUCAUCUCCAGUUCAUCUCUAAUUAAUCUCCAGUUCAUCUCUAAUUAAUCUCCAGUUUAUCUCCAGUUCAUCUCUAAUUAAUCUCCAGUUCAUCUCUAAUCAAUCUCCAGUUCAUCUCCAGUUCAUCUCUAAUUAAUCUCCAGUUCAUCUCUAAUUAAUCUCCAGUUCAUCUCCAGUUCAUCUCCAGUUCAUCUCCAGUUCAUCUCCAAUUCAUCUCCAGUUCAUCUCCAGUUCAUCUCCACUAUCUCUAUUACCUUGAGUGUAACUUUAAAUCUGGUUUAAUUUCAAGUUUAGUGCAAUUGUGACUUCAUCUUUUCCCCAUUUAACUCGGUUUAACUCGGUUUAACUCGGUUUAACUCUAAGCUUAACUACAGUGUUUCUCCAGGUUAAUGGUUUAAUCCCAGUUUAACACCAGUAUAUCUCUGGUCUGGAGUUUAUGAAAAUAAUGUAACAACACUAAACUUCCUGUUUUUGUUUACAGUUUUUGUGUUUUUUGUUUCACUGACUGAAUCUUUUUCUCAUGUUUUAUGUUUAUUGCUGUAUCCUUGAACGGUUUAUUUACUACGUAUGUUUUGUUUCCUUUAAUUCUGCAGUGUUAUUAAUAGUGAACUUUGUUAAACGGCUCAUUUCCUGCUGCAGCUUCACAAUAAAAGCUUGUUUCUCUGGAAGGCUUUUAUUGUGAAGUGCAGUCCUUAAGGUUAGCGAGCGAAGUAACUGUUUAUAGGAAUUUUUGAAGUCAUGUGACAGUCGAAGCAGCCAAUCAGCCCAAACCAUCAGAUUUUCAUUUCGCGUGGUGGUGAACUCUCAUGUCUGUUUCCUGUUCCUGUUAACAAAAUAAAAGCAGUUCAGAA